AUGGGUGUUCAGAAAAAGACUCGCAAAUUCGCAGAGGUGAAACGAGUUAUCGGUCGUCGCGAUGCCAGACUAAAGGAAAACAAACUCAAGGCUGAGCUCGCUCAGAAGGAGAAGGAAAAGAAGACCAUCAAUGGCGAGCUCAUCCGAGAAGCGCCUCAGAUGCCCAGCAACAUGUUCUUUCAACACAACACAGCUCUCGUUCCUCCCUACAACGUCCUUGUGGAUACCAACUUUCUCAGUCACUCGGUUCAGCGAAAGCUCUCUCUUCUCGACUCCAUGAUGGAUUGCCUCUAUGCGAAGUGUAACCCUAUCAUCACAUCCUGUGUGAUGAGCGAACUUGAGAAGCUCGGACCCAAGUAUCGACUGGCCCUAAGGGUUGCAAGAGACGAACGAUGGACACGGCUCGAAUGCGACCACAAGGGCACCUAUGCAGACGAUUGUCUAGUAGACAGGGUGCAGAAAUCCAGAAUCUAUAUCGUGGGGACAAAUGAUAAGGCACUCAAGCAACGGCUACGAAAGAUUCCUGGUGUGCCAAUCAUGAGUGUGGCAAGGGCCAAGUACGUGAUAGAGAGGUUGCCCGGUGCGCCUGACUCCUAG